ACGUAUCCCACUUUUUCUUUCUAAGUUUAUGGUUUCUGGUGCAGUGCUUGGGCCGUAUGACAAGAAUAGCAUUAAUUAUAACGUAUUUAAAUUGGGCGAAUAUAAAGACUUAGUGCCAAUUGACUAUACAGAGAUUUAUACUUCUCCUUCUUUUAAUAAUAAACCAAGUUCUUCCAGAAUACAAAUAAAUAAUUUAAGAUCGCCAGUAAUUGAAAGACAUAUGAAAGAAAGUGAUCUGAAUUAUGCUAUUAAACACUAUUAUAGCGACUUCUUUAUACGAAAUUCAACAGACUUCUAUGAGGAGCCCCACUGCUACUACAUGAAUAUUCAAUCCGAAAUUAAUAAUGCAACUAGUGGUAUAAAUAUAACUUGGAAUACAAGAUUCCAUGAAAGUGUCUAUGAGUAUACAACAUAUAAAUUUGACAGCAGAAUACGAGAUGAAAGAACGCGCAUGGGUGUUAUUAAUCAACCUGCCCAUGUUUCUUUCAUUGACAUGCUACAGCGCAACAAUCCUUCUCUUAAUACAGCAUUAUAUGGACACUGUUUCUAUAAAAGCCGAACUGAUAUUGACUAUAAAACCAGUGCUGUUUUUUGUCUGACUAUGAAAGAUCUUUUAGAAAGAAUGAAUGCAUAUUUAAUGGAUAUAAAUACAAAGGAUGAAAUAAUCGUUUCUAUCUUGGGCACGGUACUUAAUAAAAAGUACUAUGAUCCAAGAUUCAUUCUAAAAGACAUUUCAAGUGCUAUUCAAAAUAGCAAACUACAAGAAAUUAGACAAAGUGAUGAAGGAAUUAUAUCCAUAAGAGACAAUAACUACAACGGCUGUAAAUAUGGAAUCCACUAUGAUAUUUUAAAUACUUUAAUUAAAACCUACCUAAUCGUGCAAUAAUUACGUUUAGAACAACUAGAAAACUAUCAAAAAAAACUUAAAUCCGGCUCUAAACCCGAAAAUAUUACACUAAGAAAACACUUUAGCUAUAACUACUCGUUUAUUACAUAUGCUACCUAAUUAGUCUAUUUAUAAUACUACAAUAUACACAUUAGUGCUUGCCCCUACAUCACUACUAUUCUAUAGUAAUAACCCAAAAUAUACUGUUUCUAGUUGAUUUGUUAAUGGCCUUUUAUUUCUGUUUCAUAAAUAGAAAGCCAAUUUAAUAUAUUUAUACUAGAAUAUAUUACAGAUACAUCCCUCUAAUUUGAACUUAAACCGAACACACCAUAUUGCA